AUGGCAUCUGGCAUUAUGCAGGGACAGAAAAGCGUAUUUCGAUUACAGAACUAUAAAGCACGAAAAGCCCUGACCGAAGACUCCAGCGAACGCAGCUACCACGCUCGUCGACCACAUCGCAAGUCCCGAGCUGGCUGUUUAAAUUGUAAGCAGCGGCGAGUCAAGUGUGACGAAACCAAACCCUAUUGUUUAAAAUGCCAAAAACAUGGCGUCGAGUGCGACUACACCGGCGAACCCAAGCGCCCACCGAAUAAACAAAACAUCAUCACCAGAUUCAUCGAACAUGAUCCUCAACUAAUCUCCGUUGAUCGCCUGGCAUCAUCCAUGUCUCUUCUCCUGGUCGCAGAGCGGAUGAAUGACCUGCUCUCACUCCCAGCAGCCAAAAAGCCACCCAAACACCCGAUAGACGCCCCGGAAAGGUUGUGCGGUGUCGCAGCGUUACAGCAUUUUCAUAAUGUCACGGCAUCCACCAUCAGCGCCACCAAUGCCGUAACAGAUACGAUGCUGACCCAAAUGACCAAGCUUGCCUUCGAGACCCCAUUCCUUAUGCAUGCCAUUAUAGCAGUGGCAACGACGCACAUAUGCCGGAUAUCGCCCGACAAUAGCGGAUACCGCAUUGCGGAAGCGUAUCACUGGCAACAAGCGGUCACCCAAUACUCGAAGGAGGUAGCCACUAGUAUCACGCAGGCCAACAUGGACAAACUCUACUCAGCCUGCAUCCUUCUCACCGUUCAUUCAUUUACAUUAAAAGAGUACAACCCACAUGAUUCAUUCGUGUUCAGUGACGAUCCCGCCGCUCUAAACUGGUUGUUCCUCCAAGGCGGAAUGCGGUAUCUCCUUGAAAGGACAAACCAAUGGUUGCCGCAGAGCAUGUGGUUUGAGAAUUUCAUGCAAGUGCGCGACGACGCCUCGGUCGAUUAUGAGGACUCCCGGCCGGGACGAGUUGAUCUGGAUCCUGACCUCGCCGAUCUCUGCGGGAUCACCGAAGCGUCCACCGUAGCCAAUAACCCAUAUUUAUGGCCGCUUCGCAUGCUAAUGCAAUUUCUCCCUCUCGAACGAACCUCCCCAAAUUUCAGGACAUAUUUCAACUGGGCCGGCAGACUGGAGCCUGAAUAUCUGCAGUGUUUACUGCAGAAAGAGCCCCCCGCGAUGAUUCUUCUGGCAUGGUGGCUGGCACUGAUGUGCGGUACUAAUGUGUGGUGGCUUGAUGCGCGCGUUCGGUCAGAGUGUACUGCUAUCUGUAUGCGAUUGGAGGAUAGUGAGGAUCCGCUGGUGCUACGGUUGCUGGAAUUCCCGGCUGAGCAGUGCGGGUAUAUUCUUCGACAUGUGCAGGAGCAGGCAUGUAUUGAAUUAGAGACGGAUCUUACUAUGGCCUAA